UGGAAACACUUCAUUUGGAAAAGAAAAGAGAUAUUUGGUCAAUGAAAUGAAACUUAGAAAUUAUUAAAUAUAAAACGUAUCAAAUAGCAAAUAUUUAAGACUCUAUUUACUGUAAGCAACGCGAGCUAUGCGGCAGAAUAUUAUAGACCUGACCACUAGUACGUCUACCUCUUUGAGUGAUAAAAAUGAAUAUAACCCGGAAGCACAUUUCCGAUGGGACAGCAUUAAAAAGUUUGUGUAUCUGGCUUACGCCUGUUCCUCCUCCAUCUUCAAUUUCGAUGUUUUUUCACGAGUGGUUGUCGAAAACAUGACGCUCGUGGAAUUCAUACUGAGCGCGGUAACAAUAGGAAUGGCCUAUAUGUUUAUGGAUUUCUUCAUAAAGCAGUAUACUAGAAAACUGGAUACUAAUGAAACCUUGAAUCCGUUGCUUAGAGGUGUGACGUUCGGUAUUCUCUUGCAAACUGCGUUUUGGGCUCUUAUUAAUGCUACAAGUCUGGCUGACUCCCUCCGCUUCCUGGCGGUGAGCCUGCCCAUGGAACCCAACUGGAUGUUCUGUCACCCCGGCGCAGACCAAUCGUGUAUAAACACAGAGGACAUACUAAUGAGAUGCAUCGCCAAAAACGUGACCAACAUCAAAGCUACAUCAGUGCAUUUUCAUUACGAUCGAAUGUUCUUGAAUUUCGACCGGAACAGCCUGUCGUCGAGAUUCUUUUUGAUUGCAAUUGUAUGGUUGUCUAAUUUUUUCAUCGCCUCAAUCACGGAUAGUGCUUUAUUGAAGCUUUUCAAGUUUACAUUUCUUUGGGGAACGUUCUCAACAUUAUUUAUAGUGAUUGUCCUUUUGUUUUCAACGUACACGACCACAGCGUUCUACCAGAUAAUGGAUUUAACUGAUGCGAAAAAGAAAUACCCGUCCUCAAUGAACCGGCCGAACGAAAUGUUCAGCGUUGGACUAAUUGGCGUAUACGACUUCGGCACUAUGUCUCCGUUCACAAUGAUCGACACGACGGUCGUUAUAUUCGCCAUCGUCGCUACAGCGAUUGCGUUCGCUAGAUCGCUAAUCGUAAGGGCGCUGUAUCUAGCGCUUUCAAGCUGCAUCGAGGUCAAAAUCACAGUCACCCCGCAUUACUUAUUAUUUGUGAUGAUACCUCUCAGCGUCGAAUUUAUGCAUAUGCAUAAGAUAUACAUUUUCUACGUGUAUAUGAACUUGACUGUAGCGUUGGUACCCGGGUUGGCGAUGAUGACGCUGACAAUAUCGAAAUUGCUACACAACGAGUUUCGUUCAGUGAAGUACAUAUAUAUCAUUGGAAUAUUGUGCUUCUUCGGUUUCACUUUCUCGCUGCCAUUGACCGUGAUACCAACUAGCAAAUUAAAAGGAUUGAUAAUUGGACACAAGCUUUCCUCCUUCUAUUUAGGAGGCUUCAAGGUGCUUAUCGUCAUGUGGGUGUACGGAGUUAAAAAGUUCUCAACAGACAUUCAGUUUUGGUUGGGUUUUAAGCCGACUAUAUACUGGCGGAGCGUAUGGAUGUUGUUACCGAUUGUUUUUUCUAUACUUAUUAUGAACAAAAUCAACGAGGUGCGACUUUUAAACGAUGUACAGCAACAGAUAUCAGCCAUUAUUUGGGUUGCAUUCUCACUGAUUACAGUGGCGAUGUUUCAAAUUAAAACUGUUGCGAGAUAUAUUUUGCGAAAUAAUUUAAUUGGCAUAUUCCGAAGUACUCCAAGAUAUGGGCCCUUGGAUCCUGAUGAUCGUAAGAGGAGAAAAUAUUUUGAUGAGAUCAGUUUAUAUCGACAGUGUAAACAUGAUUGUAUCGUUAUGUCCGAGAAGUUCGAAUGCAACCAUCUACCGUUAAUAUUCAAGAAUAAAUCGCCUACUUCAGAAAGCACGGAGUCGUCUAUCACAAAUAUAUACCACGCUAGUACGGAGAGGAAGAGAUUUUCAAGUGUCGUAGACCUCGUCGUCGACAACAGGGAAGUUUAAAUUAGUUCACGGCUUGUAAAGUUUGUGAUUUGUGAGAUUUUUUAAUAGAGAACUUUGAAAUGUU